AUGUUUUUAGAAUUUGUGAUUAUAUCUUGUCUAAGUGUCACAUCCGGCAUUACACCGGCUUAUGAUAUGAUCUGUGGUUUGCACCAAGUAUACAAAUCUUGCCAGCCCUGCGAGAAAACCUGUGCAGAACCCAACCCAGUAUGUGGUGAAGCUUGCUUGACGGGUUGCUUUUGCAAGGAUGGUUUUUAUAAAGCCCCAAGUGGGCAAUGUGUGCUACCAACGGAGUGCCCUUUAGCGGAAAUAACAAUGAGUGUUGCAAACGAACCAUCUAUCGAAGAGUGUCAGGUGGAUGAGGUCUUUGUCUGGUGUGGCUGGUGCGAAGCCACCUGUUCCGAACCGGCACCGGACUGUCCACCAGACGUUUGCACCCGUGGGUGCCUUUGUCGACCACCCCUCUUACGCCAUAGAAGUGGACACUGCGUUGAACAGAAGGACUGUUUGGGUCAUAAAUGUCCAGACAAAAAUGAGGAAUAUGUUUGUCGUUACGGUUGCGAGCCGCGAUGCGAACGGCGUACGUGUGUCCGCGAACGCAGAUGUUCGCUUGGCUGCCAUUGCAAACUUGGUCUCUUACGCGAUCGUGAAGAGCGUUGUGUUACAUUCGAUCAAUGUGAAAAAAAUAUGACUAAACCUUUACAAUAA